CUGGAUUUGGAUGGGAUCCAAUCACAAAGAAAUUCACAGCCUCAGAAGAAGUGUGGUCUGAUUAUUUAAAGUCAAAUCCAUUACAUGGACACCUUCGAUCAGAUGCAUUUCCGGACUAUGAUGACUUGAGGAUUGCGGUAGAAAACGGAACAGCCACAGGAUUGGGCUCGAUUGGUUUCGGUGAAGCCAACACGGAGGCUACAAUAUUAGGAGCACAAGAAGAUGACAUUGAUGGCAUAGAGGGGCUAUCUUUUGAUCCAGAUACCAACACUUUUGUACAAAGUGAAAAUAUGUCAUCACCCCAAAAUACCUCCCCAUUCUUCUCAAGACAUCCAGAUCAACGUACAAAUGUAGGGAAUCCCUCUUCAUCAAAUAAAGCACAUGGAAAGAGGAGUAGGGCUGAAUUUGGAACUAAUAAUAACGUAAAGGGAACUAAUGGUCAAGAUGCAGUUCUAGAGAACUUGUCAAGUGGAUUUGGUAAAAUUGUUCAAAGCUUUGAUAAAAUUUGUUAUUUAAUGGAGAAGAGAGAAGCAAGGGACAAUGAUCUUUUGGAUGUUAUGAAAGAGACCCCUGGAUUAACAGACGAGGAUUGCUUUAAAGCUCUUGAUUUGCUGAAUACGAAAGCAAAGCAAGAUUUCUUUUUAAGGAUGACUCCCGAACAACGCUAUCACUAGAUCACCAAUCUUUAAGCAACUUCAUUAGAUUUGUCCUCUAGAGAUAUCUAUUAAUA